AUGGCAAAGCGUUUGCGCUCAGAGCAACCGGCCGUCCGCUCGCCCUGCACAGGGACGAAUUUCUUUGGUUGCUUCGAAUUUUUCGACGAUGCCGACCCUACCCACGGCGAUGUCGUCUUUGUCAACGACAGCGUCGCGUGGGCUCAAGGGCUCGUCUCUACCACCGCCUCCCAAGCCUUCCUCGGGGUAGACAACACCACUUCUCUGGGGGACAACCAAGGGCGCAACAGCGUCCGCCUCGGUACGAAGAAGACCUACGACGGCGCCCUGUUUGUGCUGGAUGUUGCGCACAUGCCUUUUGGCUGCGCUACCUGGCUCGCAUUCUGGACCGUCUCCCAGACCCAGCCCUGGCCACUCGGAGGGGAGAUCGACAUCAUGGAAGGUGUGAACACGAACACCGUUAACCAGAUGACGCUGCACACUCGCCGUACCACCGGCUUGAAAUGCAUACGAACUCAGCACAUCGAGACAUAUGAUCAUAUCUACAUUCGAAUGGUCGCCUGUGACAGUAAUGAAGAAACGUACAUCGACAUGUGGCAGAAAGAGUAUCCGACCAGCUGUCCUAUCCUCGUCCCGCUCUGCAUGUGCACGUAUCCACGGGCGGUAGGCGGGGAAUCUGGAAGCCGUCGCUUUCUCCUCUUCGAGCAGCUGAAGCCAAACUUUCUCACCACCACUAUCAGUCCGAUAGACUCAAACAGCUACAAAGAGCUGCGUGCCAAGACGAUCACACUCCUUGAGGUGUGGGAUAUCUUCGCACAACUAAUUGCAGCAAGCAGGCGCGCUUGGUGUUUCACAAAAAUGCUUAUAUUCCCCACCUCCAGUGUUGUUGCAAAAUUCACAAGGCGGGUCUGCUUCACGGGGUACGCCCUUUUUCUGGUCGCAACACAGUAG